AAAAAGAAGGAAGAGUUAGAUGAAACCCUUCUAACCCCCCUCCUUACAUUCCUCCUCCUGCUCCCGCAGCCCCUCCAGAGGUCCCCAGAGCGCCCACUCCACCACCAGAGUUGGAACAAGGGUCUCCCCCUCCUCCUAGACGUGUGACUAGAAGUCAAAAAGGGGCAGCUCAGAUGUAUCCUCUAAGGGAAAUGCCCAUGGGGGGACCUCAACCUGUGAUUGGAUAUAUUUUUGUACCCCUAAACUCGGCUGACCUACUAGAUUUUAAAAGAAGCGAGAUGGGAAACUUAAUUGAGGACCCACUCGGAGUGGCAGAAAGAUUAGAUCAAUUUUUGGGACCAAACCUUUAUACUUGGGAUGAGAUGCAAUCUAUCCUUGGUCAGUUAUUUACUACCGAGGAAAGAGAUAUGAUUAGACGAGCAGGAAUGAGACUGUGGGAUGCUCAGCAUGCCCAGGGACCCCAAGCAGAUAUUAAAUGGCCACUCCAAAGACCUAAUUGGGAUAAUCAGGAUCCGGUGCAUAGAACUCAUAUGCAGGACCUGAGAACUAUAGUAAUUCAGGGGAUUAGAGAAGCAGUACCCCGUGGCCAAAAUAUCAAUAAAGCAUUUAAUGAAAUGCAAAAGAAAGAUGAAAGCCCUACUGAAUGGCUGGAACGACUGAGGAAAGCCCUUCAGCUGUACUCUGGGGUAAAUCCAGACGACCCUUUAGGGCAAGCGCUCCUUAAAACUCAGUUUGUGGCAAAAUCAUGGGAAGAUAUCAGAAAGAAGAUUGAAAAGUUAGAAGACUGGCAGAAUAGAGGGUUGGAUGAAUUAUUGAGGGAAGCUCAGAAAGUCUACGUAAGGCGGGAAGAAGAGAGCAGCAAGCGACAAGUAAAAAUGAUGGUAGCAGCGGUCAGAGAGGAUCGCAAAGAGCGGACUGGUGAAUACAGAUCUGCUGGAAUGAAACAAAGGAACGUAGUAGUAAAGAAGGAACAAGGAUGUUGUUUUUACUGUGGAAAGAAAGGACAUAUAAAAAAGAAUUGCAGAGAAAGGAUCAGGGAUGAGGAAANACUGAAAACUGCUGAAGGCAUAGCACCGAUUUGUAACGACCCGUUUCUCAACCGUAUUGUGACAUGCAACGAGAAAUGGAUGCUCUAUGAUAACGGGUGUCGAUCAGCUCAGUGGUUGGACCACGAUGAAGCUCUGCAGCACUUCCCAAAGCUGAAUCUGCGCCAAAAGAAGGUCAUGCUGACUGUCUGGUGGUCUGCUGCUGGUUUAAUCCAUCACAGCUUUCUGAAUCUGGGUGAAACGAUCACGGCAGAGAAGUAUGUCCAGCAAAUCAAUGAAAUGCACCAGAAACUUCAACAGCUUCGCCCAGCACUGGUCAACAGAAAGGGUCCAAUCCCUCUCCACAAUAACGCGCGGCCACAUGUUGCACUUUCAACGCUGCAACGGUUGAGUGAGCUGGGCUACGAAACUGUGCCUCAUCCACCAUACUCACCAGACCUCUCGCCCACCGACUAUCACUUCUUCAAGCAUCUUGACAGCUUCCUGUGA